GACUCCGCUCCGAAAGGCGGCGCACGGUGACGGCGUCGCCAUGGAGCCGAGGGCGGGUGUCUCCAAGCAGGAAAUCCGGGAACAGAUCUGGAACUACAUGGAAGCUCACGGCGUGGCGGACUUCCCUCGACCUGUUCACCACAGGAUCCCCAACUUCAAGGGUGCGUCCCAGGCCUCGGAGCAACUCCCUCACUUGCAGGAGUUCAGAGUGGCGGGAACUGUGAAAGUCAACCCCGAUGCACCGCAGAGCAGCGCCCGCUUCCUGGUGCUGCAGAGCCAAAAAACACUGCUGGUUCCAACUCCGCGACUGAGGACGGGGCUGUUUAACAGGAUUACGCCACCCAGCGGGGCGACAACAGCGGAGCUGCGCAGGUGCGCCACCGCCCAGGGUGUGAGGAACUUCAGCGUCCCCGUGGGCUUGGACUCCAGUGUCCAUGUGGAUUUGGUGGUGGUGGGAUCUGUGGCCGUCUCCGAGAAAGGCUGGAGAAUCGGGAAGGGAGAAGGUUAUGCGGACCUCGAGUACGCCAUGAUGGUGUCCAUGGGAGCCGUCCGCGAGGGGACGCCCGUGGUCACUACCGUCCAUGACUGCCAGGUCCUGGACUUCCCGGAAGCCCUGCUGGAGGACCAUGACCUUACGGUUGACUACAUUCUCACUCCGACCAGGGUCAUCGCCACAGGCUGUGAGCGCCCGAAGCCAGCAGGCAUCACGUGGUCCAAGAUCAGCGGGGAGAUGCUGGAGAGAAUCCCGGUGCUCCGAAGCCUGCGCGAGCGAGAGAGGCGGGCAGGGAAGGACGUCACCCUGCGCACCGUCGGGGGACCCCAGCGCGCACCCCAGCCGGAGACGGGUACCACCCUGCGGCUCAGCACGGCCACUUCUCCACCAGGCCGCUGUCGCCUCAAGGGGAGCCAACCCUUUGCUCAGCAGCUGGGGGACCCAGGCCUGCCAAACCUACUCUGCUGA